GUACGAUAUAACUUACUCGUGAUACCAAGAACGCUUUCAUUCCGCCUUUCAUCCAGCACCAACGGACUAGCCAUGGCCUGUGACACUACCGGCACUCUCAACUACAUGCUUGCUCCGCCUGACGGCUCUCGGCCUUGCCAUUACGUCAACGUAGAUAGCACCACCGGAAAGCCAGUCCGCAACUGGGGAGAGGACCCGCAUGAUAUGCAAAUUGAGGACGUGCGCGAGAAGGAAGAGCUUUACAAGCUUGACAAUGCUGGAUUUCAGUAUGGGCGAGAAGCGGCGAAGCACACCAGCUUCUUAAAUGAUGAUGAGAUUGAGCGCGAAUACUACCCCGAGAGCAUCGACCUCAUCAAGAGGGUCACAGGAGCAUCCAGCAUUGUCAUCUUUGAUCACACUAUUCGUCGCCGUCGCCCAGGUGAGGUAGAUGAUAGCCCACAGAAACGUCAACCAGUUCCGCUGGUUCACGGGGACCAAACAACUGCAUCGAUUGCUCGUGUUCACAGGCAUCUCCCCCCAACAGAAGCUCCUUCCCUCCUUCGAAGACGUUUCCAAAUUAUUAACAUUUGGCGUCCUAUAUCACAUGUGGCUAUAGAUUGGCCACUUGCACUAUGUGACUUCCGGAGUCUCGAUUUCGAGAAAGACUUGGAGCCUGUCACUCUCAUAUACCCUGACCGCGAGGGCGAUGACCCAAGAAGAGGUUUCAGCUUUGACUCGGACUCGCUACAAGAUGGCAGUGUUGCGACGGUCACGCCUCAUAGUGGCUUCCAAGACCCAAACACUCCAGAGGGAGCGCCGCUUCGGGAAUCCAUCGAGCUGAGGGCUCUGGUAUUCUAUGAUUAGAAGGCGUUUUUUUGAGUGGCGUUAAGAAUUAACGAAGAACUCGUCCCUUGUUUUAUCUACAAACCAUAUUUCUUCC